CCUCUGGCCAUUGGCAAUCGAUCGAUAUAGUGGGAGCCAUGUUCAAGUUGCUGGUGCUCUCCUGCCUUUUGGCUUUGGCUCUACCUUCACUGGCGGAGGUUGGCUGGUGGAAGACGGGUCAGUUCUACCAGAUAUAUCCCAGAUCUUUUAAGGAUAGCGAUGGCGACGGCGUGGGCGAUCUCAUCGGUAUUACGCAACAGCUACCUUACCUGAAGGAAAUCGGCAUUACAGCCACUUGGUUGUCCCCGAUCUUCACCUCGCCCAUGGCUGAUUUUGGAUACGAUGUGGCUGAUCUCAAAGGAAUUGAUCCCAUCUUCGGCACAAUGGAGGAUUUCGAGGCUCUACUGGCGCGCGCCAAAGAGCUGGACAUCAAGAUCAUUUUGGACUUUGUGCCCAACCACACCAGUGACGAGUGCGACUGGUUCAUCCGAUCAGCCGCUGGCGAGGAGGAGUACAAGGAUUUCUACGUGUGGCACACCGGCAAGGUGGUCAACGGCAUCCGCCAGCCCCCCACCAACUGGCUCUCUGUGUUCCGCGGCUCCAUGUGGACCUGGAACGAGCAACGUCAGGCGUACUACCUCCACCAGUUCCACGCCAAGCAGCCCGAUCUGAACUACCGCAACCCCAAGGUCGUUGAAGCCAUGAAGGAUGUGCUGCGCUUCUGGCUGCGAAAAGGAGCCUUCGGCUUCCGCAUCGACGCUGUGCCCCAUGUCUACGAAAUUCCAGCUGAUGCCGACGGCAACUGGCCCGAUGAACCCCGGAACGAGGAUGUGAGCGAUCCCGAGGACUACACCUACCUGCAGCACAUCUACACCACCGAUCAACCAGAGACUCUGGAGCUGGUUUACGCUUUCCGCGAUGUGAUCGAGGAGAUAGACGCCGAGUUGGGCGGCGAUGACCGCGUCCUGCUGACCGAGGCCUACUCCCCUCUGGACGUGUUGAUGCAGUACUAUGGAAACGGCACCCACCUGGGCUCCCAGAUCCCCUUCAAUUUCGAGCUGCUGGCCAAGAUCAGUUACAGCUCCGAUGCCUACCACUACUCGGAGCUGAUCCACAACUGGCUUGACAACAUGCCAGAAGGUCAGGUGGCCAACUGGGUGUUCGGCAACCACGACCAGAGUCGCAUUGGCUCCCGCUUGGGUGCCGAUCGCAUCGACGCCUGCAACAUGAUCGUCAUGGGCUUGCCCGGCGUGAGUGUGACCUACCAGGGCGAGGAGAUGGGCAUGACCGACGUGUGGAUCAGCUGGGAGGACACCGUGGACCCACAGGCCUGCCAAUCGAACGAGCAGGAGUUCGAGCGCCUCACCCGCGACCCAGUGCGAACUCCAUUCCAGUGGAGCGACGAGGUCAACGCCGGAUUCUCCAACGCCUCAGUCACCUGGCUGCCGGUCGCCAGCGACUACAAGUUGGUCAAUGUGAAGAAGGAGCGUGGAAUCGCCCUGAGCCACCUGAACGUCUACAAGCAGCUGCGAGCUCUGCGUGAUGAGCCCACUUUGAAGCAGGGCGAUGUCUCCGUAACAGCCAUUGGUCCUAACGUGUUGGCCUUCAAGCGAUCCCUGGCAGGCUAUAAAUCCUACAUCACCCUCAUCAACAUCAACGAUGAUGUCGAGUCGAUAGACUUGGACUCCGUCUUCACCUCCAUUUCCACACAACUGCAAUAUGUGGUGGUGAAUGAUAAGAGUGUGCGUCGCAAGAACGACCUUACAUUUGCCAACUCCGUGCUGCUGUUGCCCAAGGAAGCAGUUGUGCUGAGCACAGUGUAAACUAAUUUAAUAGGUGCUUAAUAAAGAAUAACACACGAA